AUGGACGACUCAGUUAUUCCUGAUGAUAUUGCGAGAUUAUCGCUAAACUACCAAUAUGAACCCCCGCCCCCGCCUCCCCCAGAUAUAGGGAUGGCAGGAAUAAUCGCUGUAGAUAUUACAGAUAAAUUUAAAGAAGCUAUCAACAUCCUUGCACCUGGAGAUCUCGUCAAAGAUGACUUAUUUACCUUGUUUGAUUCCGUCGCGGCCCUUGAAAUCAUGGACCCAAAGAUGGACAGUGGUUGUGUCGAGUCACCAGAUGAACUUGAGGAGCUCUACGACGUUAGUCGGCCACUUCUUCCGGAGGAAGUGCUGGGGAUCAUAGAUCAGCUACUCUGUCAUGAAAUGGCCUGGCACCAAGGAUACCCUCUGUCGCAGACUCUGUUCACCAGCAUAUAUGCUGAAGCGCUUCUGACACCUACGCCACAGACUGUUCAAGAUGCUCGUUUCGUCCGAAAUGCAUUUGAAGAAGCCUCUGGAAACUCUAACAUGCUGGAAAUUCUAAGGGCUUAUUGUCUUGGUUUGCUCAAGGCUUGUGGUUAUGUCAACGAGCGCAUCAAGUCCGAACACUACUAUGAGGAAGAGGACUUUGUGACAAACACAUACCACCGAACACUUCUUGCAGAGAUACAACCUGAACACAUUCAGCAUGCUAUCCAAGAGGCGAGAACUUUGCUCGUCACAUUGGGUGACGAAAUCAGCCAUGAUCUCAGACAGGCACUCGACCAGCGAUUACAGUUAAGAUCGUAUUUCCUGAAAGCGACAGAGUGUCCCAAACACAUGAGAAAGCCCGACGUGGCGAGAAAACCAUGGCUAGAGUGUCUUGACAUCCUCCCAAGCAUCAAGGCUUCCCAUGAUCUAGGCCGACCUGUCGAUGAUGCCUUCAGCGCCAAACUCCAAAGGAAGCUUGCUAGUACUAUGCCUCCGAGACCGAUUGUACAACUAAAGUUUGAAGAUGCAUUUGAACACUUGACAAGACUCUUCUCAGACGGCGCUGAACUAAUCGAUGUUCUGAACUACACCGACUCCCAAUGCCUACAGAACUUUGUCUAUUACUUUCAAGCCAAGAAACCUCAACCACUGGUCUUUGUACGGACUCUGCUUCAAACUUUCCUAUUUAACGAGAUGGAGGUUUUAGGGUCCAUGAGCAUUCGCCAGAUACUAGACGACGACUUUUCCAUCGUGACACUACCAGCUAGCGUCCAGCUUAACCGCAACAAUGAUGAGAUCGAAUUUCCCCAAGAUCCCCGCUUCAUAGUUGCUGAACAAAUGGAGAUGUUCCGUAAAAGAGCAGCGCAGCCUUUUCUCGAUAUCUUCAGGACAUAUUGCCAGAAUCGAUGUCGAGUGCGACGUACGCUUUCUCAUGUCAUUAGAGAUUGGGAAAAUCUUCAGGUUGACGCCGAGGAGAUCGAUCAAAAUAUUCAAGUCAAGUUGAGCGAGGAGCCUAUGAGACGGUUGACAGGCACAAACAGUGCUCCAGUCGAGACAUGGUCCCUUCCCCUAUCGUCCUGGACGUAUCUGUACAAGAUCCGUCAGAUGGAAACUAUCGUGCAACUCGGUUUCGAGUUGGAGGUCUACCAACCAGACGAACUUGCCGGUAUGUACUGGUAUCUGAACUACCUCGCCAAAUGGAGAUUGCAACAUGGAGAAAGGAUCGAGUCCUUUAUUGUUCGGAAAGUUGAGGAGUCGCGUGCAUCCUCUAAACCUCGCGACCCCACCGGCGAUGGCCAACUUGAGCGAUCCCUUGUCUUUGUUCGGCUCACGCUUCUCGAUGCUGCUGUCACAUGGGAAUUAGCCGAUGCGCUCUCAUGCGUUUACACCGUCUUGCUGCGGCUCAAGCUGGUCAAGCUUCCACCCAGACCGUACAGCAACGAUGAAUUACGCUUUGAUCUGCGCAUGAGACCGUUUGCUGUGAUCGGUCUCCCACCUUUACCCAGCUUCCAAGAAUUUACACAGGGAACUUCACAGCCAGAAUCGCCCACAGCAGACAUUCUUCAUUAUGCAGAGAGGGCGCUCAAGGGUGCCAAGCAAGGACUUGAGGCGUUAAGCAAGAUGUCUGCACGAGAUGCUUUUGCGGUUGGUUCUCACGACAAGUGGGUCACUUCCAAGAAGAAUGCCCUGAAGGCGUGCAUCGCAACGGGACUCGCAAUCACAACGUUGCAGAAGGCAUUGGAAAGGAGGGAAGAUGACUUGAAGAUCAAGGCCGAGGUGCCAACACCGGACAAGUGUUAUCAUGACUGGUGGAUUGUGCCUCGCAUAGUUCCUGUUUAA